AUGGGCAUCACAGUGACAUUGAGUGAUGCAUACUGCUUUUCUAAAAUAAACAAGCCAGGGGAGACCAACAAAGGCUGUGUCCUGGAUGGAAAACUGUACCCCUAUGGAGAGAUCGCAAGGACAGAAAAUUGCUUGAGAUGCAGCUGCAGCAGAGAAGAAAUAAGUUGUUGCUCCCUCUUUCAUACUCCUAUCGGUUAUGACAAGGAGAGCUGUAGAGUCAUUUUCAAUAAAAAAAUCUGUGACUAUGAAGUGGUGCAGAAGAGUGACCCCACAAAGGAGUGUACUAUCUAUUCUCGUGUGGGCUAA